AUGACUUUUGUUGCCAUGAAACCUACUCUUCUGUCCCUUCCCACGGAAAUCCAACUCCUGAUCUUCCAUGCUUUAUUCGUCGAUGAAGAACAACGCUCCAUGUCUCAUCCAAUGAUGCGAGUAUCAAAAUCAGCCUACGAGACAUGCAAACCCAUCAUACUCUCACAUCUCCGACUACAUAUUGAUGCUUGGCCCGACUGUGAGGAGUAUCCCGACAUCGAUGACGCACUCAUGAACUUCACGCUGAAACCAUCAAAGUGGUCAGAUAUGGACAGCAACGACAUUCAAAAAAAUUACUCCUGGAAAGACUUUUGCGCGAAACCAGAGUUGGUUGCUCUACUUCCUUAUGUGGGGAGUUUGGUGUUUCAUUGUGCUUUGGAGCGGAACGGGUGCUCUUGCUGUUAUGAGGAAUGCUGGGCAAUUGUCAGGUGGAGAUGUGGGAAGGGGGAACCGAGAGUCGAGGAUAGGAAAUAUGGAGUUGAUUGUGGUGCUAUUGGGUAUGUGCCAGAGGCUGGGCUAGAGCAUAGUGAGGCGAGAAUGAGACGAGAAAGGGCGGCAUUCGAGGUUUCUAAAGCUAGUGUGCUUUCUCUGCAAGUCUUGGAGAGCCUCUUUGGUGAUGUGUUUGCAGAGGAGCCAGUGCAGGGGUAUGAGACAGAGGAGGAGUAA